AUGGACUUCGAUCACUACGGACAAAGCUCCCAGCAGCCCAAGCAGAGGCGCAAGAGAUUAGGAAAGAGGAGACAAUGUAACAAGGCUCCAAUUUCUGCGCGUCUCUCACUAGAUCCUCAGCUGCGUGGAAAUGUUGGUGUUGUCUCCGAGGAUAUAGCGAAUGAUCUAUUCUCACAGCAGUCCCUCUUGGAUUCUGCAACGGGUGAUGGUGUACUGUAUGUCGCAGUGUCUCCGCAAACGCCCACACACACCUCCGUUGAAGACCAAGCGUGGACGAUUCUCCCCGUUCGCAUCCAGCCAGCAGCUAGAUCCCAGGGCCCCUCAUCGCAGUCGACUAUCUUGUUCCCCGAAUCGGCCGACUCGCUCCAGCCUUUCCUUCUCGCACUCGGCAAGUUGGAUUCAGCGCGCCAAUCGCUGCAGACACACCGGAGUGUCGAGAUUUGUGUUCUCGAUGUCGCCCCAUUACAUUUAGACACGGUCUUUGUCACAGUGGAGCGAAAUCUGCUGCGAAAUCACGACGAUGUACAGAAUAAGUUCGGUGGUGGAUUUACCAAUUCCGGACCGAACGGGGUGUGGCCGCGGGCGGGGAAGGGCCCGGAUAUCAAGCGAUACUCUAAAAGGGAGGCCGCCGAUGUUGAGCAACGGUUGACCGCAGCAGUGCGUGAAGCACUGGCCGCUCAACGGAUUGUUCAUGUCGGGGAUGUAUUGCCUCUUCCCCUGCCGCCACAUCCUAUCACUUAUGCGCCUGCCCCACCUGCCCGCAUCUCGUUCUGUGAGCCGGUCUCGCAGGGCCUCCUGAUGCCCGCGACGAAGAUUGUUCUUGUACAAGCUCGCCCUCAGGGAAACCGCAUCCAGCCAGCGAUUCAUCCUAGAUCUGCACUUUUAAGACAGGUCGCCGAGGAUGAAGCCGACGACACUUCUAAUGAACAAUUCUAUUCGGCGGCCGAGGAUAAGCCUGGAGAGAGUGGAACAGAAAUGGAGACAACCUCUGCUGCGGAUGAUUCUGAAACAGAAGGCUCCGUUGGAUCUGCCAGUGAUUCCUCCGAUGAUUCCCUGGAGGAUAUGAUCUCUCUCUCGGCGCCCGAGCUGCCACAGCCACCAUCAGGUGUAAUGUCUUCUCUGACGUCCGCGACUCCUCGUGCAGGUGGACGCCGGCUUGAUGGAAUUCAUACACCGGGUUCUGUCGCUUCUAAUUUUACAUCUACGACUAUGAGGCCCGGUCGUAGCGGUGGAAAGGUUUUCAAGGUGGAAGGGCUCCUACAGCAAGUCCCGAAUGAAGUUCUUCAUCCACGACCGCGAGAUGAUGAGGAUGUGGACUCUUUCGUCUUCGUGGAUAUUAGUACAUUGGCCAAGAUUGGCUGUUUCUCUGGUGAUUGGGUGCGAAUUGAAGCAGCCGAGGAGCCCCAGUUGAACAUGUUCGCAUCACUUAAGUUUGGAAGCUUCAAUGAAUCGCCCGAAGACGCUGGUGACUGGCGACCAGUCAAGGUAUUUGGUCUACCUGGACUCCCAUCACCAAAGCCUCGCUAUGCUAUCAACCACUCAGGAGAUCGUCGUUCGAGUUUCUCUCAGCGCGCACCAACUCGUUUGACACCUUCUAUCUUCGUACCACCAAUGCUCCUUGGCAACGUUGACAACCCUAAGUAUUUGCGCAUUUCACCCAUGACUUUCCCUGUCGCCAAUGGACCUGGCAAAUCUGGUCUUUUGCAACACAUGAGAAACACUGCCGCGAAGAACCCGCCUUUAGCGAAGGAGGUUACUCUGCUCAAGGUGUCCACGCCUCUUUCUAUGGAUCGGGUUCUACAGCCGGCUUUGUUUGCAGGACUUAAGCAUUAUUUUGAAUCCCGUAGGCGAAUCCUGAAGAGCGGAGAUCUCGUUGGUAUAAGCGUCGAUGAAGGUCUCGGCAGAGCUGUGUUCUCAGGAACCGCUGGUGGGGAUGCAGCAAGCCAAGAGGAUGAUAUCACUGCCAGGCUAGGCCAAGGUCAGAACUCGGACAGUUCUACGGCUCGCAAGGUUGGUGUUGCCUGGUUCCGCGUUGGACAGGUGGCUCCAACCGUAAUAGAAGAAUUCGAGGAAACUGGAGAGGAUCAAUGGGGCGGUGUUGCAGUUAUUGAUCCCUCAAGUACUCGAAUGGUUCAGGCUGGGAGCGAUGUGAGUCGUGUACCGGGAAUCCUUGGCAAUGGAUGGGAGUAUUGGCUUGGAGUCAAGACGAUCCCGAAGGCCGUAGGCGAUUCCUCGGUGCCCCAUGGAAUUGUUACAGAGCCUCCGCAAGCAUUUACCCCUCCCUUACAGCAACGAAUCCGAGACUUGAUGGCAGCCGCAACAAGCCCUCGCGCAAUCCAAUUAGGGAUGAAGCCUGUCGUCAUUCUAUUAAAGUCUCAGCAAAGACACAUUGGAAAAGCGACUGUUGCCACUCGUGCGUGCGCUGACAUCGGUCUUCACACCUUCCCUGUUGAUGCCUAUGAUAUCCUGACAGAAGGUGGCGCCAACGGCGGUGAUGUUAAGACGGAGGCAUAUCUCAAAGCGCGCGCCGAACGGGCUUUCCACUGUGGAGCGAACUGCACAGCAUUGCUUAUCAGGCAUAUUGAGGUUCUGACAGCCGAUCGCAUUGUCACUGCUAUGACCGAUAUUGCAAAUGAAGCUAGAGUUAUCAUUGCCACCACCACCGAUGUUGAGCAAAUUCCGGAGGGAAUUCGCAGCAUGUUCACUCACGAGUUCGAGAUGGGUGCACCGGAGGAGAAAGAACGUGAAGGCAUUCUCCGGAAUGUAGUGGCAGAACGUGGCAUCAAACUGGCCGCUGAUGUCGAGCUGGGCACUGUUGCUUUGAAAACUGCAGCGCUGGUAGCAGGAGACCUGGUAGAUGUGGUGGAGCGAGCUGCAGCAGCCAGGACUUCCCGUCUAGAAGCUCUUGCAGAGACUGCCAAUAAGCAGCUCCCUGGAUCUCAGGUUCACGUUCGGGACGUUCUGCUCGCGGGAGGUGAUGGAGCACGAGGUGUUACAAAGGCGGAUUUCGAUGCUGCAGUCGAGGCCGCGCGGAAGAACUUCGCAGACUCCAUUGGUGCCCCAAAGAUCCCCAACGUGAGCUGGGAUGACGUCGGUGGAUUGACCAACGUCAAGGAUGCCUUGGUCGAGACUAUCCAACUGCCCCUUGAGCGACCUGAGCUAUUCGCGAAGGGCAUGAAGAAGCGCAGUGGUAUUCUGUUCUACGGUCCUCCUGGUACCGGAAAGACCCUGCUGGCGAAGGCCAUUGCCACUGAAUUCUCCUUGAACUUCUUUUCUGUGAAGGGUCCUGAAUUGCUUAACAUGUACAUUGGUGAAUCUGAAGCCAACGUGCGUCGUGUCUUCCAGCGAGCCCGCGAUGCCCGACCUUGUGUGGUGUUCUUUGACGAGCUGGACUCGGUUGCGCCGAAGCGUGGUAACCAGGGUGACAGUGGUGGUGUCAUGGACCGCAUUGUCAGUCAGCUGCUCGCUGAGCUAGAUGGAAUGAAUGGUGGCGAGGAGAACAGCGGUGGUGUGUUCGUCAUUGGUGCUACCAAUCGACCUGAUCUGCUCGAUUCUGCUCUUCUUAGACCUGGUCGAUUCGAUAAGAUGCUUUACCUUGGUGUGUCAGAUACACACCGCAAGCAAGCUACCAUCUUAGAGGCACUUACCCGGAAGUUUGCUCUUAACCCAGAGGUGUCACUGGAUCGAGUUUCCGAGCGACUUCCUCUAACCUAUACUGGUGCUGAUUUGUACGCCCUUUGCUCGGAUGCUAUGUUGAAAGCCAUCACUCGAAAGUCUACGGCUGUAGACGAGAAGAUCAAACAGCUUCCUGGCGAACCAGUCACUACCGCAUAUUUCUUUGAUCACCUUGCUACCGCCGAAGAUGUUAGUGUGACCGUGACUGAAGAGGACUUUGUUGCAGCCCAACAGGAGCUUGUUCCUAGUGUUAGUGCCAAGGAACUCGAACACUUUGAACGGAUUCGGCAAACCUUUGAAUCAGUCGAUAAAAAGGACUCAUCGGCCAAAGCUCCCCAGACUAUUGCAGACGCUAUGGAAGCAUUCAACCUAGGAGAAGCCGAGCUUCCCGGUGAGAUUUCCAUCAGCAACGGAGAUGGCUCUUUCCCAGGAAGUAUCCAUGGCCGUAUCAAAGGAUUAAAGCAAUGGCCAGGUGGUAUGGUUCGAAGUGCCAGUGGUCAGUCUACUACAAGUAGCAAAGGCAAAGGGAGGGCCGUGUCUGGGAAAAAGGGCAAGGGACCUCGAACCGGUACAGAGUCUGAUGCUUCCCUUGAAGACGAGGAGGAUAUCCCGGACGGAGUGGUGAAUGAUGAUGAUGAAGAGGACUACAUCGUGCGAACUGAUCAUCUCACAAACUUGAACCCCAUGGAGGAAGUGGAGUAG